AUGGCUUCUUUUUCUUCUCGCAUUUUCAGAAAAACCAGAUCCCUGUCGUUGGCUGUUAAAGCCCGACCUCUUUCCAUCUCUGCCCACUCAGAAACAUCUGAAAACUUCACUGUGGGCUCACGCUUUGUCCUCCACAGUCCAUCGAAACCUAGGCUAUCUGAUCACUCGCAUGUCCUCCUUUUCCCUCAGAUUCGCAUCUCAACCCUGCCUAAUGGUAUUCGGGUGGCCACCCAAACAUCUCCGUUCUCUGCUACGCACACAGCUUCUGUUGGUGUUUGGAUCGAUUCUGGGAGUCGGUAUGAUGCUCCUGAUGCAAGUGGCACAGCACACUUUCUGGAGCACAUGAUCUUCAAGGGGACUCAUCGUCGCACAGCAAGUUCUUUGGAGGAGGAAAUUGAGAACAUGGGUGCCCGCCUCAAUGCCUACACUUCACGUGAGCAAACAACUUUCUACUCUGAUGUCCAAAGUGGUGAUGUUCCGAUUGCCAUUGACAUUCUUGCUGAUAUCUUGCAAAACUCAAGAUUUCCUGACCAUGCCAUUAGACGGGAGCGAGGUGUUAUUCUUCGGGAAAUGGAGGAGGUAAAUUUUUUCUCUUGUUUUGCUCUAUGUUUUUAACAUUCUCUCCAUUUUUCUCCCUUUUUGUGUAUCCAUCCACAACUCUAAAUUUAUUUACGCAUGGAAUAUCCUGGAAGUUUAUCUGAACUUUAUCUGGAAUAUUUAUUUAUCCAUCUUUUGUAUUUUUCAAAUAAACAGGUUCAAGGGCAGAUAGAAGAGGUACUUUUUGACCAUUUGCAUUCAGCAGCAUUCAAUAAUCAUCCUUUGGGAAAUACGAUAUUAGGGCCUGAAGAGAAUAUCCGGGCAAUUUCUAAGGCGGAUCUACACGAAUACAUUUCCACUCAUUAUACAGGACCAAGGAUGGUAUUUCCAAAACAGAUGAACUUUAAUAUCUGUUAAUGAUCACAAAUGCUUCUUCCUCUCAUUAUAUUCUGGUAUGAAACAGGUCAUAUCAGCUGCUGGCGCGGUCAAACAUGAGGAGAUUGUUGAUCAAGUGAGUAAGCUGUUUAACAAGGUGUUCCAAGAUCCUACGACUGCCCAUCAGCUUGUCAAGAAAAAUCCAGCUACCUUCACUGGCUCAGAGGUUUCUUCGCUCAUCAACUUCUCUUUGACAAUACUGUCGAUUUUGCCCUCCGAGUUUUCUCUUACAGCAAUCAACUCCAUUCCUUGACAUCAGGUUCGGGUAGAGAAUGCUAGCAUGCCAUUCGUGCACUUUGCAUUAGCUUUCAAGGGAUCAUCAUGGACUGAUCCCAACUCUAUUCCAUUAAUGGUGAUCCAGAGCUUGCUGGGAUCAUGGAGCAAAGGUGUUGUCGGAAGUUGUUCUGGGUAUAUCACUAUUUCUGCGUAUGAGGACCUGAUUGCUGUUGAUUUAUAUUUUCUCACCCUGAAAUUACGUUCAGUUGCGAGUUAGCUCACCGAGUCAGUGUGGAAGACUUGGCUGACAGUAUAAUGUCCUUCAAUACCAACUACAGCGACACGGGAUUGAUAGGCAUCUGCUUCACUGCCAUGGUGAGCACUUUUUUUUCAUUCGCUAGUCUUUCUCCCAUCCUCCCGGUGCACUGUUCUGACAGCAUAGGCGUAUUCCAGUAAUCAUGUCAUGGCAGAUUUGGUAACGUAUCUCUUGCAAUGAUGUACCGCAGUUGCUCUUUGAAUUUCAUCUAUCUAAGAUUUAAUAGAAUAAUUAUAUUUUCAUAGGUAUUUGCUAUAACUUUCUCCUUGAAAUUGAAACAGAUUUGAAGAAUCAUAAUUUUUUUAUUCAGGAAUUUUCUUUUGUUCUUCCAUCUCUUUCCAAUACCAGCUUGCCUUCCGAAUCAAUCUUUUCAGUGAUCCACAUUCUAUUUUUUCUCAUUAUUUCCCGCUUUAUGAGAAAAUUAUCCUUUAUUCCCAUUGUUAAAAUAUUAUGGGGGAGCUAUGUAUAUCCAAGAUCAUCAAACAUAUACUCAUGAAAACCAUCUUACCAUGAUCAAAACUUGGGCAUCGAAAUUCAUGCGGGGAUAUCAGUAUAACAGCAUGGGUUAUAAAGUUGGAAUUGACCCACCCUAGCAUGGGACGGAUACGACUUACUUCAAUGAAUGUUCUGUCUUUGGACUUUUGCAUUUUUUCGCAGCCUGAUAGACUUCAAGAUCUGUCCCUUGUUAUAAUGGAAGAACUGAGAAGACUGGCUUGUGGUGUAUCGGAUGAAGAAGUUAUACGAGCCCAAAACAAGGUGAGCAGAGCAGCAAAGUUGUCUGUUAGGAAGAAUUUCUUGAAGAAAAAUGGCGACAGGCGGAUCUUGGAUACUAAUUUCUAUAAUCUCAUUAAUUUCUUGGGACUGAUUUCUUGGGGACAUUAAUUUCCUUGUGCAGUUGAAAGCUGCCCUCUUGCUUCACAUCGAUGGAGCCAGUUCAGUUGCUGAGAACAAUGGCCGGCAGGUGUGGCAUGCUCUUUUCCUUUUCUUUUUUCAAUUGGUAUUUAUAUAUAUAUAUAUAUAUAAUGCAUUAAUGCCGUGGGGUCCGUUGACUUUCAGUUGCUGUCAUAUGGGAGAGUGAUUCCGUUCCUUGAGCUCUUUGCCCGAAUUGAUGCUGUGGGGCCCGAGACGAUCAAGGAGACGGCAAGAAAGUUCCUAAUCGACAAGGCAAGGCCUUUUCUUUUAUUAUCAUAAUCUAGGAUUCUUUGCCCUUAAAAUACAGUAUUUUCCUUGUUCGGAGCCCAGUAGGUUGGCCCGGCCCAAAAGCCCGACAGCCAUACCGGGCCCGGGCUGGAAUGUCCAGAAGGCCCGGUCUUGCCCAGGCCCACUGACGACCCCCAACCGUUCACCAUUGGUCUUCUAUUAGGCCUUGGCCCUCUGUCAUGUAUCUUCGUCUUGGGAGCUUGUCAAAUAAUCUUCACCGUCUGAUAUUGAUACUACGUUUCAGGACAUUGCGAUCGCCGCCAUAGGACCAAUCGAUCAGCUGCCGGAUUACAGCUGGUUCCGUUCUCAGACUUGUCUGAAAUGA